AUGGGCAGUCGGAGAUCACCAGCUUGCAGGUACCAAUCUGAUGUAUUAUCCUUUUUGAUUCUUUGGAAAUUCCCAACUUUAUUUUUAGGUGCUGCUUCUGAGCAGACAUCCAGCCUUUCCACGUCAGAAGUCAUUGUUCCUCAAAGCCUGACAGGCAGGGAGAACCAUCACCCGCAUUUUCAUGAGGAGCAUUCAGAUGACAAACUUUCAUAUUCAGUUAAAACCAGAAAUGGAACAUACCACUUAAAACUAAAGAAAAAUAAAAAGCUUGUUAGUGAAGACUUUAGAGUAUACACAUAUGGGAAAAAUGGGAAACUGGAGACCAUACAAUCAAAAAUCAAGGCACACUGUUACUAUCAUGGCACUGUUGAAGGAGUUGCUGAUUCAAUGCUUGCGUUUAGCACAUGUGAUGGCCUUAGAGGCAUUCUCUACAUUGGUGGCCAGUGGUACGGAAUGGAGCCACUCAACACGUCCAGCGCAUUUGAACAUCUUUUUUACCAGUUAGAAGAUGUGCAACAAAACCCUUUGUGCUGUGGCGUGCUGAAUGACAGUCUUCAUCAUGCAGAGACAUCUGUGAAGCAUUCUGUGAAAUACCCCGUUCUAUCAAACAGCACCUCUAGCAGGGAAAAGCUUUCGAGGUUUUUGCUGAAGAAAUCUGACUCUGCUGAAGUGCAAAAGGAAGUAGUUGAGCUGAUAAAUUAUGUUGAUGGGAUGUAUAGUGCUUUAAACAUCCAGAUUGUUUUGGUUGGCUUAGAGAUAUGGUCAGAUACAAACCACGUAUCUGUAAUGGAUGGUUCAGCUGGAGAUGUACUGAGUAGAUUUGUUUCGUGGAGACAAAAAGAUCUUCUUAAACGAUCAAGAAAUGACGUUAGCCAUCUCAUAAUAGGGAGAAGUUCUUAUGCUGGAGCUGUUGGAAUGGCUUUUGUAGGUACCGUCUGUUCACAAGUCCUGGGAGGGUCAAUAAGCACUUUUAAUCAUAACAAUGUGUUACGUCAUGCUACAGUAGUUGCACAUGAAUUGGGCCAUAAUCUUGGAAUGAAACAUGAUGAUAAAAGAUGUCCUGCAUCCUACAUUAUGUACAGCACAGAUAAGGGGUCCAGGAAUUUCAGCACCUGUAGUGCAGAUGACUUUGAGAAUCUUAUUCUAAAUGGAGGAGGAAACUGCCUCAGAAAUCCUCCCAAAACAAGUAAUAUUUACAAAGAACCUGUCUGUGGUAAUAACGUGCUAGACAGCGAUGAGGAAUGCGACUGUGGCAAACCACAGGAAUGUACAAACCCCUGCUGCGACGCUGAAACCUGCAAACUCACCUCUGGAUCCCAGUGUGCUCAAGGGCUCUGCUGUGAAAAUUGCAAGUUUAAAGUGGCAGGAACAGAAUGUAGGUCCAAAAGGGAUUUCUGUGACCUCCCCGAGUACUGCAAUGGGAGCUAUGCCUACUGCCCAGACGAUGUUUAUAUCAUGAAUGGUUACCCGUGUAACAACAGGAAGGAGUACUGCUACUACGGAGUGUGCCAAAACUUUGAUUCACAGUGUGAAUCCAUAUAUGGAAAAGGGGCUCGAAAAGCGCCUGAUGUGUGCUUUGAAAAAGCCAAUAUUAAAGGCGAUAGGUUUGGAAACUGUGGAAUGACAGGUGGAGCAUACAAGAAAUGUCCUGUUGAACACAGUCUGUGUGGCAAGAUCCAGUGCACUUCUGUGAGUCUUCACAACCUUCCUGCUUGGAGUGUUGUCAACAACGCGUCCGGGGUUUUAUGCUGGUCUUCUGACUUCGACUUCGGAUCAGAUGUCCCUGAUCCUGCCCAAGUUCACGAGGGAACAGCCUGUGGAGAGGAGAAGGCUUGUGUCAAUUUUGAAUGUGUUAAUGCGAGUUUCCUGGGCUACAGCUGUGAUGUAAAGCAGAAGUGUAAUGAUAACGGGGUGAUUCUUGAUGUGGAAAUCCAAGUAUACCUUGGAGGGUGGAAGUGGCCACUUUCAGAAAAAGGCUACGGCGGCAGCAUCGACAGCGGCCCAGCCCACAUAGAUACAUCCCUUCGAGAUGGCCUGCUUGUGUUUUUUUUCCUGGUGUUGCCAAUACUGAGUGUUAUUGUGAUAGCCGUUGUUAAGCGGGAUGCAAUAAAAAGAAGGUUUUGCAGGAAAAGAAGACGACAGCGCAGGGAUAACAAUGUGCAGCAACGAAAACAAAAUAAUACAACAAGUCAGAAUACAAGGAAUAAUGAGGCUACAUCAUCGAGUCCUGAUUUUUUUACCAUAUCACAUUUUCCUAGUCCAAGGUUUGUAGUUUUUAAUAGCUCCUUUACUUAA